AUGCACCUGAUUCAUAAAGGCGCGGGGUUCGGUGCUCCCUCCCGCUUUUACGGCGCUGUCACUCUUCAGAAGGGCACUGACGGCGACAGCGACGGCGGCAGCGGCGGCAACUGCAGCUCGGCGGGCAGCCCUGGCUCCUGCAGGUCCUUCCCUCCAGUCUCUGAAGAGCCUCUCGCUCGGGGUUCGCAACGCGAGGCGGGCGCGCAGCUGUUCUCAGCUCGCAUUGGACCAGAGGGAGCAGAUGUUAUCCGGUUGCUAGGAGCGUUGCUAGGAGGCGAUGACGCCCCUCCACAGCUCGGGAGCAACUUUCCUGCAGGUCGGUGCGCUGGUGGGGGCUGCUGGGAGGAAGGUUUAAGAGCAGGAACCAGGAAAGCGGCGAACAAAGAGCCCCAGAUAGAGGGUCCUGUGCUCGCCUGA